AAAAGGGUAGGGGGAAAAUGGCAUUGCGUGAAUCACAUGAUCAGUUUCAGUUUACUUUCUUCCAUUGUUUCUUAAACAAAGCUCUCCGUACACGCCGCGCGAGGUCAACUCCGAAAUCAUGGCAGCAGCAGCUUCUUCUUCAUCAAUAUUUGCAAAUCGAUCAGAAACGAAGUCGUUUCAUCGCCCCUCUUAUUCUCGUCCUCUGUUACCUCGUCAUUCACCGUCUUCAUUAACAACUAAACCUUCUUCUUCUUAUCUUUCCAACCUUAAAAUCUCAGGAUCCAAGAGGUCAUCAUCAUAUUGCAUUAAGGCAUCUUCAGAAGAUUCAUCUGAAACUUCACAAGUUGGGGAGGUUUUCUCGGGCUUGAAGGAAAAGUGGGAUGCACUUGAAAACAAACCCAUGGUUGUUAUCUACGGAGGAGGGGCAGCAGUUGGCGUUUGGUUGUCUGCCACAAUCAUAGAUGCAAUCAACGGGGUACCUGUGAUCCCGAAGUUCAUGGAACUUGUAGGACUUGGAUACACUGGAUGGUUCAUCUACCGAUAUCUUCUCUUCAAGUCAACUAGAAAGGAACUAGCUGAUGAUAUUGAAGCACUGAAGAAGAAGAUUAUUGGAUCUGAAUAGAGGACGGUAAUUGCUAACAUGUUUCUUAUUCUACAUUUACUUCAUAUUAAAGAUCUGAAGUUGUUCAUAUGUAUGAAUGUAUCUUUUCACAAUAACCUAAAUAGCUGGUCCUCAUUCCUGUACUGCCGAUUGUUUCAGUUUGUCGUGUCUGUAUUUGAUUCUGUUGUAAAUUGGCUAGUUUUUAUGGGAAAUAAAUUCACUUCUUGAUGAUGUUAUAAA